UUUCCACUUCCGUUCGCUUGACGUCGAAGGCGGAGUGGACGCGGAGCCGCUGGAACACUUUUGUUUUCAGUGAGUCGCCAUGUCAGAAUGUUCAACUGCUUCUUCUUCCUCUUCUUGUCGCUGAGGAGGCAGCGUCUCCGUGAUGGCGACCCCCCCCGCACAGGCGUCUCCAUGACGGGCCGACUGGAAACUUGAGGGGAGGAAACUUUGACCGCGGCGCCGGACACUUUUCCACCAACACCCACGAAGCCAACUCACCUGCAGCAGCAUGACUUCCAUGACGUCCUCGACUUCCUGUGCGUCGCUGCCGUGUCGCGCCCUCCUGCUGCUCCUGUGGCUCGGCGCGUCCCGGGGGCUCGUCUCCAUCCCGCUGCGGCUCCACGCCGGCCGGAGGGUCGACGUGUCCGGCGCGGCGCCGCUCCGCCGGGUCGCGCUGCUGUCGGAGCCCGGCGGCCUGGCGCUCGCCUCGGAUCCCACCGGCGCCGUCGACUUCCUGGACAUGACCGACAACCUGCAGGGCGACUCCGGGAGGGGCUACUACCUCGAGAUGUCCAUCGGCACGCCGGGGCAAACGCUCAACAUCCUGGUGGACACGGGCAGCAGUAACUUCGCCGUGGCCGCCGCUCCACACCCGUUCAUUACUCACUACUUCAACACUGCACUCUCCAGCUCCUACCAGCUCACCGGCCGGACCGUGGCGGUCAGGUACACUCAGGGCAACUGGGAGGGCGAGCUGGGCAUCGACCGUGUCUCCAUCCCCAAGGGCCCGAACGGGACGGCCGUCAUCAACAUCGCCGCCAUCCUGUCGUCGGAGGGCUUCUUCCUCCCCAAGGUCAACUGGCAGGGCAUCCUGGGCCUGGCCUAUCCCAUGCUGGCACGGCCAGACGCGUCUGUGGAGCCCUUCUUCGACUCUGUGGUGCAGCAGCUGGGGAUUCCUGACGUCUUCUCCCUCCAGAUGUGCGGCGCUGGGCUGUCGGCGAGCAGCACGGACGACCCCGCAGGCGGCAGCCUUAUCUUGGGCGGGGCAGAACCAACCCUGUACCGAGGCCCGGUGUGGUACACGCCCAUAGUGGAGGAGUGGUACUACCAAGUGGAGGUUCUGAAGCUGGAGGUUGGCGACCAGAAUCUGGACCUGGACUGCAGAGAGUACAACAUGGAUAAAGCGAUCGUCGACAGUGGGACGACGCUGCUGCGACUGCCCAUCAACGUCUUCAGCGCCGUGGUGGGCGCCAUCACACGCAGCUCUCUGAUCCAGGAGUUUUCCUCGGGGUUCUGGGACGGCUCCAAGCUGGCGUGCUGGAUGAAGGGCGAGACGCCCUGGAGGUUCUUCCCCAAACUCUCCAUCUACCUGCGGGCCACGAACACCAGCCAGUCCUUCCGUAUCACCAUCCUGCCCCAGCUGUACAUCCAGGCGGUCACCGACGUCGACAGCCCACUCGACUGCUUCCGCUUCGGCUUGUCGUCGUCCACCAACGGCCUGGUGAUCGGCGCCACCGUCAUGGAAGGUUUCUACGUGGUGUUUGACCGCGUCCAGCGCCGACUCGGCUUCGCUCUGAGCAACUGUGCAGUGAACGGCGGCGUGGCCCUGUCGGAGAUCGCCGGACCCUUCUCGGCGGCGGACGUGGCGUCCGACUGCUCCAGCGGGGCGCCGAAGGAGCCCCUUCUGUGGGUCAUCUCCUACGCCCUGAUGGCCGUCUGCGGCGCCGUGCUCGUCGUCCUGCUGCUGCUGCUCGUGCUGCCCUGCCGGCGACGGGACCGCUUCGGAGAGAUCACGGACGAGUCGUCGCUGGUCCGCCACCGCAUCAAGUGACUGAGAGGAAUCGGACGGGCGGCCGGGAGGCGAGCCGGCGAACGGAGCCCGUCCACGGCGGCGGCAGCGGAGAAGGUUGUGAGGCUCAACCCGCGGGGGGCGGUGACGCUCGGCUCCGAGCGUACGACUGACUCUAGACGUUACCCGUCAGCUUGGCCCAAAGACGCAGACACAGACAGACCCGCUGCCUCUUGAAGGGAAGACCCGCCCCCUCUCACUGUGGGAUGUCGUUAUGGUUACAGCUUCCCGUUACGUAUACAGCCGUAGAAGAAGAACAUAUUGAAAGUUCCAAUGCAACGUAGCUACAGGAAUUGUUAUAGCUCAGCUGGAAGGUCCAUUGCAUUUCCCCCCACUUGUCCCUACCCCUCUGUUGUUCCACUCCUCCUAGUCAGCAUCUGACCACCCUACGUCUGAAGGGGUAGGUAACCCCUACCCCUCGUCCCUACCCCUCUGUUGUUCCACUCCACCUAGUCAGCAUCUGACCACCCUACGUCUGAAGGGGUAGGUAACCCCUACCCCUCGUCCCUACCCCUCCGUUGUUCCACUCCACCUAGUCAGCAUCUGACCACCCUACGUCUGAAGGGGUAGGUAACCCCUACCCCUCGUCCCUACCCCUCCGUUGUUCCACUCCACCUAGUCAGCAUCUGACCACCCUACGUCUGAAGGGGUAGGUAACCCCUACCCCUCGUCCCUACCCCUCCGUUGUUCCACUCCACCUAGUCAGCAUCUGACCACCCUACGUCUGAAGGGGUAGGUAACCCCUACCCCUCGUCCCUACCCCUCUGUUGUUCCACUCCACCUAGUCAGCAUCUGACCACCCUACGUCUGAAGGGGUAGGUAA